AUGUCGCAACUAUUCUAUAAGUACUUUCUACAAAAAGCAAAUCUUGACCAUCUCGUGACCUUCGGUGAACAAGACGAUCCAUAUUUUGAAGAGAUUCCGGAGCAGGAACUACAUUUUUAUCAAAGAAAAGGCGCCAAAAGAAGAAGAAGGUUACCGUCAUUCAUUCCUCAACAUGAUUUAAAGAUUCUAAACAAAUUCAAAAAACGUGCAUAUAGGUUGGAUUUACAAUUGAGUUUAUGUGGACUACGUCUUGGUUGGGCAGGUAUCAUUGGGUUGAUUCCAGGUAUAGGUGAUGUUCUUGCAUUGUUUUUUGCUUUGCAGUUGGUGAAACUUGCUCGAGAAAUUGAAGGUGGAUUACCCAAAAGUUUAGAAGCACAAAUGAUGGCCAAUGUAUCGUUUGAUUUUGGUAUUGGAUUAAUUCCAUUUGUUGGGGAUUUCAUCAAUGUUUUGUAUAAAUGCAACUCGAGAAAUUUCGUAUUGUUGGAAAAGCAUUUAAUUAAAAAGUAUGGAAAUGGAGCGACUGUGAAAUCAGUGCCGGCGACCACGACGGUUGAUCAUGGCGCUGGUCAUACCCAACAUGAAGGUAUAUAUGCUGCUGGAGGUACUGCUCACGAUCCUGCGAAUAAGGUUUAG